AUGGUCGCAAAGGCAAAUCCAUCGACCAUGCAGCCAUCGAUGGGAGAGGCUAGCAGCUCCCAGGUUCUAGUCCCAGCCUCACAGCAGGUGGAUCUUCCUGUUCCAGCCUUAGAGACCACCACUCAUUCUGAGGUCCCAUAUGUUGCUGCAACAGUGCCAGCAGUUGAUCCCACAGUUGCCCCCGCUGCUUCAGUAAACAUCGCAAAGUAUGAAGAAGAAGAAGAAGAAGAAGAGAAUCCUUUUGCGGAUAUAGAUGAGUAUAUCGAGGAUACAAAUGCCAUUGUCUCUCCACGAGUUGAUGUUGCUACCUUCAAGGUGGAACAUGGUUUGAUCCUAAUGCUUAAAGCAGAGGGGUUUUUCAGAAAUUCUACCUAUGAUAAUCUGACACAACAUCUUAGAAACUUUUUGGGUGUGUGUGCGAUGCACAAGAAGAACAACGUGUCAGAUGAUGCCCUAAGACUGAGGGUAUUCAAGUACUCAUUAGAUGGAGAAGCGAGGAAAUGGAUCCAAAAUCUACCACCUCAUUCCAUUCAUUCUUGGCAUGAGCUCGUCCGAGCUUUCCUAGCUAAAUGGUUCCCACAAAGCAAGAAGUCUGAGCUCAGAGAUAAAAGUUUCUUCUUCAAGCAACUACUAGGGGAACACCUAUAUGAGGCAUGCGAUCGAUUCAAACUAUAUCUAGUGAGGUCGUCGAAUCAUGGUUUUUCGAAUACAAUCUUGUUGGAGAAGUUUUACAUGGGUUUGGAUCCGUUGAACCAAUCCAUAGCCAAAAAUGUGGCGGAUGGAUCUUUUAUGGACAAAACAUUUACAAGGGUCACACAAAUCCUUGACAAGAUGGCAAAACAUAAUCAAGCUUGGCACUUGGAAGAUACCAAGGGUGGAAUUGCAUACGGUACUCCUUUUUUGACCAACAUGAUUAAAGAGAACCAAAAGAGAGAUCAAGUAAUUGUCGGGCUUGCCACCAACAUUAAUGUGUUAACCAAGAUGUUCACUGAAAGCCAAACAAAAAAGAUAAAUGAUGUGGAAGAUGUGCAACUCUUGUCAAACGAAGAUUGCGAGGAAGAAAAUUAUGUCCAUAAUUCUCAAGGCGGUUACCAAAGACAAUCCUACCAAGGUCCCGGACAACAAAAUCAAUGGAGGCCUAACCUGAAAGGGCAAGGCCAUCAAAAGUGGUGA